AUGCAUGGAAAAUGUGCAGACUCCCAAAGGGAGAGCGAGAAGACGAAGCUGCUGAUCUCUCAGCAGACACAGAAGGUGGUGGAGAAGGAGGCGGAGACAGAAAGGAUCAAAGCUAUAAUAGAGGCUGAGAAAGUGGCACAAGUGGCAGAGAUCAAAUACGGACAGAAAGUCAUGGAGAAGAACACGGAGAAAAGGAUCUCUGAAAUUGAAGAUGGUGCUUUCCUCGCCCGGAUGAAAGCCCGAGCUGAUGCAGAGUUUUAUACGUCACAGAGAACAGCAGAAGCCAAUAAGCUGAAGCUCACCCCGGAGUACCUGAAGCUCAUGAAGUUCAAGUCUAUCUCCGCCAACAGUAAGAUCUACUUUGGGUCCGAGAUCCCGCACAUGUUCGUGGACUCGGGCUCCGCGGGGGGGUCAGUGAAGGCGUCUGCAGCCAUGGACAUUGUAGCCGAGCGGAUCAUGGACCUGGAUCUCUAAAGAAGAAGUACCAAAGCCCUCAGGAGGAGGUGGAGGUCUGUCUGCAGGGGGGGGGGGCGGGGGGCAGGAGCCUGACCCCCUGACCCAGAGAACUCCUGCUCAACAGAGCCCGUAUUUAUCAAACACCUCAGAAUAACUGCUAGAUAUCACACUGAAGGUUUUACAUGGAUUUUAUAUUAUUCUCCUACAGCAGAGCACAGGACUUGUUUCAGAGGUUUGCAUACACUUCUGCAUAGUUCUUAGAGAUGGUCUGGAAUCAGUCAGUUGGGUUGCAGAUAAAGCAGAUGAGAUAGCAUCAACUGUACGUGUCUAAUUAGCUCUUUUUAGCAAACAUCUUUUCAUAUGUGCAUCUGGUGUACACAGUUCAUCUAUCAGGAAACAACAAACAUCUGGAAUGCAAAACUACGUAUGUGUUUUUUUGGCUGCAUCUACUGAUUCUUAAAUGAUCAAUUCAUCUGCCAAUAUUUUUCUCAAUUUAUCAAGUUUUGUUAAGUCCAAAAAGCAUUCUCAAAUUACUUGUUUUGUUUGACCAAAAUACCCAUAAAUAUUAGUUUACAAUGAUUCAUUAGAAGCAGGGAAUCUUUUACAUUUAGAAGCGGGAUUAAAACACAUUACAGUUGUUUCAAAAUGUUUGCUUUAAAAAUGACUGAACUUAUUAAUAGAUCAAAAUGGAUGCGAGUUAUUUCUGUAGAUUGUAGACUUUCUAUUGAUUGGCUAUAUUUAGACAAAUAGUGACUCUCCAUGUCCAGUUUGUAUUUGUCAUGCACCCACAUGCAUGUGUCCAGAGCAUUCAUUUGAAACCGGGAUAUUUGUCAUGUAGGAAUUAUUUUAGGUGCAUGAAUCUAAUCAAUAAUUGUUCUUGUUGCAUGCAUUUGCCUUUCGCUAACCCCUGUCCUUUAGUUACAUUAAUAAUUAGCAGAUAUACUAAAUCUAUACAUUAAAUCCUAAACAGUAAUUGUCAAGAUCAAGAAAGUUAUUAAAAUACUGGUCCCUGCUGCUCAAAGGAAGGACCACAUGUUGGCCUCUCUGAGGAUUUUAGACUUCCUAUUCUGAACUGCUUGAAAAAUACGGGCCCUCUCCAAGUAACCUCACUGUAGACGAGAGGACGAAGGAGCUGCUCGCUGCUGCCUGUCAGAGGCCACGUCAUCGCUCCUUUUGUUUGUUUUAUCUGGUGAAUAUUAACUAAGGUUGUGCAGCUGUCUGCUGUAUGUGUGUGUAGCACUUUGUUUUUCUCUCCGUUCAUUCAGCGGGGAGAAGACAUCUGUGUGGCUGCUUAUGUUCACUGUUCAUAUCUAUUCAAAUCAACGCCCACUUUAAACAAUUUAUGUUGCGUUAUGACAAAAGCAACUUUUGUACUCCAGUUAUAUCCUGUAGGAGUAGUUACAGGAUAUUUAAAGUAGUGAAUCGGCUUAUAAUUAGAUGUAUACUGAGGGACUUGAUGUAGAAAUAGUAUGUCGAAAUCGUCUGUCUUUUGUCAGUUUUGGAAAACUCAUAAUCUUUUUUUAUAGAAAUCUUGGCUUGAUCAGGACCAAACAUGUUCUCAGUCUUAGAUUACUAAAAUGCAAAUUGUGUCUUAAUGUUGACAAUAUACGUUUUCUCCCAGCAUUUAGCAAAUGUUAAGUUUGAUUGUUUAUACUGAGGGUUGUGGCGUUGCACAACCAAGAACACAUGGUUGUGAGUUACGACAAGUGUUCACAGAAACAAAUUAGCUUCAAAGUUGUAAAAUGUGGAUUCAGGCUUCGUGGGAAGCUACGUAUUCAGGCAUCGAGGCUGCCACUUAGUUUGUUGAGCACACACUUUCACACGAGAGAAAACCUUUUGGAGUUUGAAGCUAAAUGUCCUGUGUCCAAAAUUAACCUACACCCAACUUCUAAACAAACAGUGAUUAUGUUAUUAUGUGUUGUUGACCCUGCUCUUUGUUGUCGUUUGAAGCUAGUCUUAAAGUCCCUUUCCGUUUUUAUUUUAAUACAAAUGUCUCUUAAUUGAUUGAGAUUUAGCAAUGACUUGAAACUUAAAGGUGUUUGCACUGAUUUCAAUUGUAAAUAUGCAAUCAAUAUAUUGUCAUUUGGCAAUAAAGAACUGUGGGUUAUACUUUGACUAA